AUGCCCGAAUCACCCGUGCGCUAUGUGGAUGUGCCCUGGGUUGUGAAGUACUCUGGUGACAGUGUAUACGGCAAAAGUCCCUGGCAGCGGGUGGAGCGGGUGUAUCUGGUAGAACUGAGGGAUCCUGAUGAGAGAGCAGACUUCUCCUUGAACCUGGAGAAUGUCUUUGUGCUGGAUCGGCAAACCAAGGAGCUAAGUCGCGGCCAGGUCAUACGAAAUGAGAGCAUCAAUGCGGACACAGAUGUGACCACUCUCACAUUGCGAAUACGGAAGGAUGGUUUAUACCUGGACAGGUACGAGGACAUGCCAGACAUCGAGGAGAUCGUUGGGAACGCAGAGUUGGAAGCGUGGGAAAGGGAGCAGAAGCGGGCGCGGGAGAAGACGGCAGCGAGUGUGGCGAGUCUUGUGGGCAGCGGGGGCAAGGAUGAUGGUCCUGACAUUGUGCAGCCGUCCAUGGGAGACGCAGAUGAGCCGCAGGACCCAAUUAACGCGAUGUCCGACAAUGACUUUGAUGGCCCGGAGGACACGCCCGCUGUGGACUUGGGCUUUUGA